AAAGGAAUUACUGAAACUCCAACGUCUGUGUAUUGCGUAAUACCUACACAAGUAAAUAUAUGGUAUACUUGACACCUUCCAUUUCAUCAAGACAAAGCAGGGGAGACUACAGUGACAGCUGCCAGCACUCUGCCUUCUGCUGAGAAUUCCCAUCUGGGGUUUCGUUCAUCCACGGAAGCCCAAGACGUCCCGCAUCGCCAUGGAUUUCUCCUCCGAUGUUUUCCAAAUCUAUUGUCAAUACUGCGAUUUUAACGCAGAUAUCACGUCAAGGGCGACCGGUAAUGAGGGUGGGUGUUACGUGCCAGAUGAGGAGUCGCAGAAAGCAAGAAUCUCAAGAGAGGCAUUAGCACAGUUAUUGAAAGUGCUGGAGUCGAAAGUUAGCACAAGGGUUUCAAUUCUCGAGGAAGUUUACAAGCUGAUGUCAAGACCAGAGUUGAUGGCAGAUUUUUCAGAGUUCUCUCGUUUCUAUGAUUUUGUUUUCUUCAUUUGCCGGGAAAAUGGUCAGAAGAGCAUCACUGUAAGCAGGGCUGUUAUGGCCUGGAGGUUAGUUUUGGCUGGAAGGUUUCGACUGUUAAAUGAAUGGUGCAACUUUGUUGAGAAAAAUCAUCGACAUAACAUAUCUGAGGAUACGUGGCGACAAGUUUUAGCCUUCAGUAGAUGUGUCCAUGAAAAUCUUGAAGGGUAUGACCCUGAAGGUGCAUGGCCCGUCUUAAUUGAUGACUUCGUCGAGCACAUGUACAGGAUUAGGGGAUCCCAUGGAGCUUCUAGUUUGUUCUGUAAUUGUGGUGACUCGGAAUCUCAACAAUGUGAGGACAUUCUAUCUGGUUUGAAAAUUUUCCCGGGUUCAAAGAGGAAGUUCUGCGACAAUUUGCAUAUGGGAUCUUCAGAUGGGUAUGCAAGCUCUAGCAGUAUUGCGAAUUCGACGAAAAGGCAGCGCUAUUCGACUGAGAAGUGCGCUAACUGGGGUCAGAAUCAGGUUGGGAGUGUUGAUGAUUGCGUUGAAACUUUCAAACAUAGCAGCACAUUAGGUUGUACCAAGUCUCCCUGUGCUGUUGAGGGUUGUCUGUCCAAGGGUUUUGCGGGACUUCUCUCUGGUCGAUCAUGUUUGCAGUUUCAUCAGGAUAGAAGAGUUUCCUAUACAUAGAUAACAUAAAUUGCCGGCCUCAACUGGUAAAAGUUGUAUGUUGGUUGGUUAUUGCAUGUUUGGGGGCAUGCACAGACAGUGAUAUCUACACACACCAGUUUCUCCGUUGCAGCUGCUGUGCUUUGUCUUGUCUGGUUGAGACUGAUAAAAUCAAUAAAACUGCUAUUCAGAUAUGUCGUUAGAUCGUCUCUAUGCUGCUUGUAAUGCUUGGAAAUCGUGUGGUCUUUGUAUGUAGUCAAUUCCAGUUGCCUGUUCGCUGAGAAAUUGUAUUUAGGAAUACGCAUGCCCACACAUUCCUUUUCGCUACAGAGAAAUUAUAUUGAGUCGCUCGGCAGCGCCAAUUUUUUUUCUCUACAAAAUUGUAGUUUCUCAAUGGCUAGUGUAUUCCCAAGCGGGCUACGCAUGUGUCUCUUGUAAACUUGUUUCGCACUGAUAUUUUGAGGUUCCAAGAUCUUCAAAACCAGCUCAUGACUAUAUUUUACUGUUA